AUGGUGAAGUUUCUCAAGACUCAGAAGGUGGUGAUCCUUCUGACGGGGAAGUACGCCGGCAAGAAGGCCGUUAUCGUCAAGAACUUUGACGACGGCAACAGCGCGCGGCCCUAUGGCCACGCCCUCGUCUGCGGCCUCUCCAAGGAGCCCCGGAAGGUGACCAAGCGGUCCAGCAAGAAGACCCAGGCGCGCCGGUCCAGCAUCAAGACCUUCAUCAAGGGCAGGCAGUGGACAGCAGGCGUCGCCAGCUCACUGGCCGAUGGGCGGCGGCAAGCUGGCAGCGCGCUCCCCGCAACGCAGCGUCGUGACUGA